UAGUAACAGUUGUCAAACGUUGUAAGUAUUGUAUGUGAUAAAUAAUGUCAUAAUAUUAUUGUACAAUGACCAAGCAAGAUUCCCAGUAAACACAAAGACGCUUAAAGGACAGCUUUUCUCGUCAUUAGCUCGUCCAGACGUCUUUUGACUUAAGAUAACGUCUCAACAACAUCUUUAAAGGGCGUCUUAAAGACGUUUUCAAAACGCCUUGUGUUUACUGGGUUCUUAACAUAUACAAAAAUGAUCUCAAUGUGAUUUAAUUCAUCCAAAUUCACUAAGGAACUAUUAAAAAACUUUUAGUACUGAAACUCUUAUGACUAGAAGUGACCUUGCCUACUGUAAACUAAUCCUAAACUCUUAUAUAUAAAUAAUGUAAUGCAAACAUUAAUAGCAAAUAAAGAGUGUUUUGAUAUUCUCACAUUUCUGCUUCUUCUAGUUCUCUUGAUGAUUCUAACUUCAAGUAGAGGAGAGGGAAAAAACACGAAGCCUUACGAGUUGAUGACAAUAAAAAACAUCAAACAUGCUGUAACAACUCAAUUAAAUCGAUGCAGUUCAAUUCUCAAAAAUAUAACUUGCCAAUAUGGGAAUGUGAUCAGUGGUCGCGGUUGCAAUCAAGUAAAGUUAUGCAGCAUAUUUAAUGUGCCUUUGGAUGCAGAUACUAAUUUAGACAUGAUGCGCCAAUUUCUAGCUAUUGUAAAGAUGUUAAUGCCUGGCUUAGUUUCAGUAACUAGCGAUGAAAAGUUUUCGUUUAAACGGCCAUCCCUGAUAACAAAAUUAGAAUCAAUUUUUCCAUGUUUUUCUAAGCUUCACCUCAUCCUUUCUGGUGCCAUUAAGACGUUGAAGAAAAAGGCUGGACUAUCAAAACCAGCGUUUCAAAUUAAAAGCGGCUCAUUUCAUACGUUUCCUAUGAAAAAGGAUUGCUCUGGUAGCAAACCAACAUCAAAAGACGUUCAAAAGUUUGGACUAACUUAUGAAGCCUACGUAACUAUGAGAAGAAUGACAGUUAAAAUUGAGCUAAGGGACAUAAAAAAGUUGAUUACGCCUUAUACAAUGUAAAUGAAUAAAUACACUUGACUAGUUAUUAAUACACUUGACUAGUUAUUAAUACACUUGACUAGUUAUUGUACUACACAAUUCUAUUGUCAGACAUAUAUUCACUAAUUAUCUUAUUUAUUUUAUUAUGUUAUGUUUUUUUUAUGUUUUUUAAAUUUUUCCUUUACUAAAAUAAAAUUGUGUUGCGUAUUGAAUUAUUGGUGAAAUAAAUUUUGAAAAACACACCUUAAACCUGACUGUUCCCAUCUUUUUCCGAUGGGAGAACCAACCAUAUCAAUAAUGCUAUCAGUAUGCUUUUACCCUGAUAAAUUAUUGAAUUGGUGGGAACCUAUGUUUAAUAUCAUAUAUCAUUACCUUAUUGGAAGUAGA